AAUGCCGUUCCGCCUGCAUUCCACGACCGCAAUCAUAUCAGCUGAUGUCACAGACCGCGAGAGCGACGACACCGACGACUUCAAUAACAGCGCGCCGCGGGGCGUAUCCAUAUUCCCACUUCGCACAAUAACUCCAGCACUAGCAAGAUGAGAGGCGCCGCCAAGCUCCGCGAGAUGAUCAAGACCGGGCGCACGAUCGUGUCGCCUGGUGUCUACGAGGGCCUCGGUGCCCGCGUGUGCCUCCAGAACGGAUUUGAUACGCUUUACAUGACUGGGGCUGGGACGGCCAUCGGCCAGCUCGGCAUGCCUGACCUGGGACUGACCACCGCCGACGACAUGGUGCGGAACGCUGCUAUGCUUGCCGGCCUUAACCGCGAUGUGCCCGUCAUCGCUGAUGCGGAUACAGGCUUUGGCGGACCCGUGAUGGUGGAGCGGACUGUUGAGCGCUAUAUCCUCGCCGGCGUGGCCGCACUCCACCUUGAAGAUCAGGUGAUGCAGAAGCGCUGCGGACACCUGGGCGGCAAGGAGCUAGUAGAUGAGGCGACUUUCCUGGCGCGCAUCCGCGCUGCGGUUGCGGCACGCGAGCGGACCGGGGGUGACAUUGUCAUUAUCGCGCGCACGGACGCCCUGCAAAGCCUUGGCUUCGACGCCGCCAUCCACCGUCUCAAGCUGGCUGUCGAGGCCGGUGCAGACAUGUGCUUCCUUGAGGGCAUGACAAGCAAGGAGCAGAUGGCUGAGAGUGUGAAGCAACUCGCUCCCACCCCAUGCAUGCUCAACAUGGUCAAUGGAGGGGUGACGCCGCUCGUGGAUGCCAAGGAGGCUCAGGCAAUGGGUUACGCACUCGUCAUCUGGCCGAUUUUCGCACUCAUGGCGGCUUUCAACGCGUACGAGAAGGCGGCGCAGGAGCUUAAGUCCACCGGCUUCCUUGCGGACAUGAAAGACAGCCCAGGUGGACCGGUGCGCGGCGGUGUCCGUGAGGUCUUCGAGCUGUGCGGAAUGAGCAAGUGCGUCGAGUUUGACAUGCAGAUGGGCGGCGCGACGUACGCCAAGGGCGGGCCCUAGUCAAGAGCUUCAGAUUGUACAAAUUACGUGCAUGGACACACUACUGGAAACUAGGGAGGAGCUCAGGAAGCCACUCGGCAUUCCAGCCCAGCAUGGAGAGGAGCGCGUCGACAUCACCCUCCUUCUGGUUGGUCUGGAAUAAGUGCAGAGGGUCCUCGACAAGUGGAUG